AUGGCGCUUCUGCCCUGGCUUUCACCAUUCAGAGGCAAGCCUGAUGCUAUCGAGAGCAAUGAUGUCCAAGCCGCCAGUCGAGGCACAGUGGACGCAGUGACGCCCUCUGAGGAUAUGGACUUCAAUGCCCUCGCAGACAAAGUGGAAGCUUUACAGUCUGAACUCGAAUAUGCUCAUGAACUUUGUGGCGAAGCAAACCUUCAAUUUGACAAAUACCGCACAGAAAUUCACGAACUCCGCAUGUUGCUGGCAUCUGAGCAGCAAAGAAGCGACGAAGCGGACCGCUUACUUGUCGAGGAGCGGCAAAAAUAUGUGGCACUCCAGGCACAGGUUAGGAGCCUUCAAAACAGCUUGCGAAACGGGUCUGUUCUUGCCGGUCAACUCCAAGCAAGACUCAACACCGAGAUGGCGUCUUUGAGAGCUAUGACUAAAUAUACCCGCAAAGUCGAGGAGAAGUUGAUUGACACCCAGCUGGAUCUAGAAUACCUCAGGUGUACCACAAGGCCCGAGCCGCUUAAGGACUCUUUAGUCACCCCUGCACUGGACUUUCCUCUGCCGGCGCAACCAUUUGUUGUGGUGCUAGUGGACGGCGAUGCAUACUUUUGGGCUCCUGAUAUUUACAUAAAUGGCGAUGCUUCUGGCCCGGGUGCCAUAGCCGCUACGAGAAUCCGUAACGAAGUCGUCAAAUAUCUCUUGAAUCAGAGUGGAACCGUUCCCGUGACAUCCAAGGUCGUCACUCGCGUUUUCCUCAACUACGGGAGUGCGGGUCGACUGGGGAUGCUGCAAAGCCGACAUCGAGCUGGCCGUUCAGGUGUGGCCGUGGCCGAUUUUGCAGUCCAGUUCACCGAGAAAAUCCCCUUGUUCGAUUUCUUCGAUGCAGGAAGAGGGAAAGAGAGGGCGGAUGACAAAAUUAGAGAAAAUUUCCAUCUUUAUCUGUCGACGCCGAACUGUCACGCUAUAUUUGUUGCUGCCUGUCUCGACAAUGGGUUUGCUCGGAUGCUCGAGCAAUACAGUGACCAUCCGCUGGCUCGUCAAAAGAUCGUUCUGGUCUCGCCUGGCUACGUCGCCAUUGAGAUCCAGAGAUUGGAGUUCAAAGUGGUUGAGUGGCCUAGUGUGUUUGCUGUACGGACGAUACCUCCCGAUGCGGUGGCCAAACACAAGAAAGAAAUGCAGAGAGCACGCACCCAGCGCAGUGUGUCUACACCGGCAAUGACUUCGGGAGAUGCUCUGUCCAGGUUAGUACCACAGUUGUUGGACUUGGUGCCUGCCUGGGAUCCGAACAGAGCGAUGAGCAAGGUGUCGAACGGCGUUGGCUUCAGGGUUCAGCAAGCAGCAGCUGGUGUUAUCGAGAGGCUUGAUCUUGCACAGAUGGUCGAGACCGACGCAGACAUCGACUGA